UAUAUAUAUAUAAUAUUUUUACGGAAAAAUUGUUUUAGUAAUUUUGAUUUUUGCGGGUGCUAUAUUGACCAAUCAAUAUCGAUCAUUUAUAUGAUUGGUUACGUUGCCUUUCAUACCGCUCAGGCUCAACAAGUAUUGCCGCGCGAAUGCCGUAACCUAUUCACGUGUUCACGUGCUGUGCUGUCUUGUGUCUCGUGUGUGCUGCUAUAAAACAGUGAAAAAUGGAUAAUGAAGAGAAACCGGAUAUACUGUCGUGCCAAUACAAUGCCUUUUACGGGAAAAGUUGUUCUAAUAACGGGAGCUAGCUCAGGAAUUGAAGCUGCGACUGCUAUCCACCUGGCUUAGCUUGGUGCAUCAUUGUCGAUAACUGGACGUAAUAAGGAUAAUUUAAACAAAGUAGCCGAACAAUGUGGACAGUGCAAACCGUACAUUGUGGCGAGAGAAUUAACUAAUGAGAAAGAUGUACAAAAUAUCAUUGACUCAACGAUCAAGCAUUAUGGCAGAUUAGAUAUUUUAAUUAAUAACGCUGGAAUUGUAGAAUUCACUAUAAAAUCUACAAGCGUAGAACAAUACGACGGAAUCUUUAAUGUAAAUGUUCAUUCGGUAUAUCAUCUGACUAUACUGGCAGUGCCGCAUCUAAUCAAAACAAAGGGCAAUAUCGUCAACGUUUCUAGUGUAACCGGAUUGCGAUUUUUUCUAGGUAUCCUAGCUUAUUGCAUGAGUAAAUCAGCUUUGGAUCAAUUUACACGUUGUAUCGCUUUGGAAUUGGGACAGAAACAGAAAAAUCACCAUGGUGCUAGGCUGGCGCUAACUUACUUGCCCCACUGCCUGAUAAGGAGCUAGUAUGGCAUGCAGACUAGCGCCAGACACAAAAUCAUCACAUUCUUCCAGUCUAAUACCCGACUUAAUCGACUAGUCAGGCGUUAGCUAGCUCUAGUGUAGUGCUAUCUAGCCGUGGUGUGGCGCACGGUAGUUCUGAUGUUGUACUAUCUAGCCAUGAUGUGGCGAUAGCUAGUUCUCACGCAGUUCUUAUUUUUAUAAUCGACAUCCAGAUGUUAAAAAUAAAAUUUAA